AUGAAAAAAUUAUAUUUAUUAUUUGAAUGUUCAGCUGGUUAUUUUUUGCUAAAAGUAGAAGAAUGGGAACAGAUAGGGACUAAUGAAAAUAUAGAAAAAAAAAUAUUAGAUCCAGAUAUAUUUCAUCAGAUAGUUCAUUUUUGCUCUUUUAUCUCUUUUGAAACAGCUGAAAGAGCACUUGAUAAUUUAAUCAACAUAAAUGAAGGAAAGGCAACAGAAUUUCUUUUAAAUUUUUUAGAACAAAAUUUGCCAAAUAAUAAAAAUAAAUAUGAAUUAGGAGUAACAGAUCUUAACUUAGGAAAAUUUUUAUCUAAUAUUGGUUUUAAUGUAAUCCAUAAUAAUAAUAUAUUAGAAUUAUUUAGGGCAUGUAGGCAAUUUUAUUUAAAAAAAAUAUCUACUUAUGUAAAUAAUAUUGAUAUUGAUAUAAAAAACUUCAAUAUAGGAUUAGGUCAUAGCUAUUCAAGAUCUAAAUUAAAAUUAGAUCCACGAAAACAAGAUAAAUCGAUUAUAAACAGCAUAGCAACUAUUGAAUCAUUAGAUAAAAACAUAAACCUUUUUAGUAUGAGAGUUAUUGAAUGGUAUAGCUGGCAUUUCCCUGAAUUGAAAAAAAUUGUUACAGAUGUAUGCAUGUAUUGUAAAUUAGUUAAUUUAAUAAAAAUAAAAGAAAAUUUUGAUUUUGAAAAUAACAAAGAAAAAAUAAAUGAAAUAACACAAAAUGAAGAAAUGACAGAAAAUAUAUCUAAAGUUGCUAAUUUGUCUAUUGGUCAAGAAUUAACAGAAGAAGAUUUAAAUAAUAUAAUAAAUUUUUCAAAAGAAGUUAUAAAUUUAUCAAACACAAGAAAUAUACUAUGGAAUUAUUUAGACAAAAAAUUAAAUAUUGUCUCUCCAAACCUUAAAGAACUAUUAGGUAAUACUUUAAGUGCUCGUUUAAUUAGUCAUGCUGGUUCUUUAGUAAAUUUAGCUAAAUGUCCAUCUAGUAGUAUUCAAAUUUUUGGAUCAGAAAAAGCCCUUUUCAAUUCAUUAAAAGGAAAUAAGAAAACUCCUAAAUAUGGAAUUUUAUAUAACUCUUCUUAUAUUUCUAAAACACCCUUGGCAUUAAAAGGAAGAAUGUCUAGAUAUCUGUCAUGUAAAAGUGCUAUGGCUGCAAGAAUUGAUUCUUUUUCAGAUUACCCUACUAAUUCUUAUGGUCUCACUUUUAAAAAACAACUAGAACAUAAAAUUUUACACAUGAUAAAAGGAGUUAAACUUUCCAAAAACAUUGAUUAUAUAAACGAAGCAGAACAAAUAUAUCAAAAGGAAAUUAGUACCAUGGAAAAAGAUAAAGAUCUAAAAAAAGUUAAAAAAGAGUUGAAAAAAAAAGAAAAGAAAAAAGAAAAAAAAGAAAAAAAAGAAAAAAAGAAAAAAAAAAAAGAAAAAAAGAAAGAAAAAAAAGAGAAAAUAAAGAGAGAGGAUAUAAAUGAAGGGGAAGAAAAAAACAAUGAAACUGAAGAAAUAAAAAAAAAAAUAGACGAAGAGGGAGAAGAAAAAGAAAUUGACAUAUUAAAAAGAAAAGAACUAAAAAGGGUUAAAAAGGAAGAAAAGAAAAAAAAAAAGAAAGAAAAAAAGGAAAAAAAAAAGAAAAAAAAAGAAAAAAAAAAAGAAAAAAAACAAAAAGAAAUAGGAAAAUAA